AUGGCAGAUAAACAAAAAACUCUUAUUUGUGGGGACGUAAAUGGAAACUUCAACCUAUUGUUUUCCCGCGUUGAAUCAAUUGUGAAAAAAUCCGGAGCUUUCGAGGUACUAUUGUGCGUUGGAAACUUUUUUGGUGAAGAUAAUUCCCAAUUAGAUGCAUAUCGCAUGAGGACAAGAAAAGUGCCAGUCACAACAUAUGUUUUCGGGCCGUCUAAUAGUGACCAUGUCCAAUAUUACUGUGAGGAAGGUGCUGAAAUUGUUCCAAAUGUUAUUUAUAUGGGGAAAAGGGGAAUAUUUACAACAAGCGCUGAUGUUAAAAUUGCCUAUCUGACGGGUAUGUCCCGUCGGGAAUUAGGCAAAGAGAUACCUUUGUGCACAUUUGAGCCGAGUGAUUGUAGUGCAGUUAGAGAUGCGUGUUUCAGAGGCAUAUCUGAAUAUAGAGGGGUGGAUGUGUUAAUAACAACACUAUGGCCGUCGGGCAUACAGCAGGAUGAUUGCCAAAAGGCAGAUGUUGAGCCAGAGAAAUUAUCCGAUCUGAUAUCAUGGCUUGCAAUUCACAUAAAACCGAGGUAUCAUUUCGUGCCGUCAAAAGAAAAAUAUUAUGAAAGGCAGCCUUAUAGAAAUCAAAGUGUACACCAGGAUUACAAAGAGGGCGCCACACGUUUCAUCGCGUUAGCUCCAGUGGGUAAUAAGGUUAAGGAAAAAUGGAUAUAUGCGUGUUCAUUACAACCCAUAAACAAAAUGCGUAUGACAGAUAUAUUACAAAGUACUACCGAUGAAACCUCUUGUCCUUUUGACCCUGAGUUAUUGAAGCAGCAUCAACCGGGGAAAGUUGUGAAGGUUUCGGGUAAUGGACAAUUCUUCUAUAAUAUGGACGCUCAAGACGAUGAUAACGGCAAAAGAAAACGGAAAAGUGGUGACAACCCUGAACGGAAAAGAAAGGAAUUUGAUCCAGAUACCUGCUGGUUUUGUCUAUCAUCACCGUCAGUGGAGAAACAUUUAGUGAUAAGUGUUGGGAGUCAUUGUUACCUCGCUCUACCAAAAGGUCCGUUGACCCCACACCAUGUUCUCAUAUUGCCGAUAGCUCACCAUCAAUCCGUUACUAAGGCACCAGAUGAGGUGAUAAAGGAAAUAAAAAGAUUCAAAGAUGCAUUGAAGAAGCUGUAUUCAUCAAUGGACCAACUGGGAGUGUUCUUUGAGAGGAACUUCAGAACAUCACACAUGCAGAUACAGUGUGUACCGGUCGGCAGGCAGUGUGGGGAUCAAUUACUAGAGGUGUUUCAGGACGAGGCUGGUAUCAACAGUAUUCAGCUAGAAGUCCUACCUCCUUACACCGACAUCGCUCAAGUAUCAUUACCAGGAGCGCCGUACUUCCACGCUGAACUACCUUCCGGGGAACAGAUAUACGCUAAGACACGACAACACUUCCCGUUACAGUUUGGAAGAGAUGUACUAUCAAGCCCGCCGAUACUUAACUGCGAGGACAAAGCAGACUGGCGACAGUGUCUCCUCAGUAGGGAGGAGGAAGACCAGCUCGUGGCAGACUUCAGACGGCAGUUCAGACCUUACGACUUCACCGCUGACGAUAGUAGCAGCGAUAGUGAUUGA